CGAGGAUGUCGUCUCUUAGCACAUGCACUUCAAUCGGUAGUUGUGGACAGUACCUCACGGGCUGAAGUGUUCCGCAAAAGAAAAAGUUCUCCAGGCCUAAAAAAGAGCCACAAGAAACCAUGAGAUAACGAUAAAUAAUAAUUAAAUUAUAUAAAUAAACCUUACUGCCGAAAGUAACAUAAUAAUCAACGCGAAGAAUAAGAUUAGCAUGAGGGAAAAGAAUAACCAUGUACCAACACCCGAGAGAGGAUCUUGGGCUAAUAAAACUGAAUUUCUACUAUCCUGCGCUGGCUACGCCAUUGGCAUUGGAAAUGUCUGGAGAUUUCCGUAUCUGUGUUACAGAAAUGGUGGCGGGGCCUUUCUCGUGCCUUACUUGCUUAUGCUGUUCCUAUGUGGUAUACCACUUUUCUUUAUGGAAUCUUCCAUGGGACAAUUUGGCGGUACAGGGUGUAUAACUAUGUUUAGAAUGAGUCCCCUUUUCAAAGGUGCCGGUUUCGCGAUAGUUAUUGUAAAUAUUAUCUGUACAAUGUACUAUAACGUUAUCAUUUCAUAUCCCCUAAUGUUCCUGGCAAUGUCUCUGAGAUCGAAAUUGCCUUGGCAGGAUUGCGACAACCCUUGGAACACGUAUAAGUGUCUAAAACUAGGUGGUGAGAUUUUCAAUAAAAGAAACGAAACCGAUCAGAUGAAAUUGAUCGAGCACACGAAAACACCGGCGGACGAAUUUUUUCACAAUCAUAUACUCCAGAUUUCAGAAAGUAUCGAUGAAAUUGGUACUAUCGUCUGGCCACUGUUCGCCUGUAAUUUCAUAUCCUGGAUAAUCGUCUUCAUGUGUAUCUGUAACGGAGUAAAAAGCGUGGGUAAAGUCGUAUACUUCACAGCGACCUUUCCCUUCGUUAUUUUAUUCGUCCUGCUGAUACGCGGAGUAACGUUGCCCGGUGCCAUGGACGGAAUAUUAUUUUACAUAACACCGCAGUGGUCGCAGCUAACCAAUUUAAAAGUCUGGGCCGACGCCGCCAUCCAAAUAUUCUUUUCCCUUGGUCCAGGAUGGGGUGGAAUUGUCAACAUGGCCAGUUACAACCCCUUCAGAAACAACAACAGACUGGACUCAAUUUUGGUACCGAUUCUCAAUUGCGGCACCAGUAUAUUCGCCGGCUUCGUAGUAUUUUCCGUUCUGGGAUUUAUGUCCUACAGGACAGGAAUUCCGGUAUCCACGGUCGCAACUGGCGGUCCGGGAUUAGCUUUCGUGACUUACCCCGAAGCUAUCACCAUGCUUCCGGUUCCGCAAUUGUGGGCUGUACUCUUCUUCACCAUGCUCUACCUCCUGGGAAUGGACAGCUGCGUUAGUAUCGCCCAUACCGUUCUUAGCUUCCGUUAUUAUCCUACGUAUUAUUUACAUUUCUUACGAUUACUCUUGUGCUUCAAGUUUGUACAGAUAGAGGCGAUAAUAUCUAGCAUCACGGAUGCUUAUCCUGAAUUGAGGAAACACAAGAAAAUUGUCACAGUUGUUUCCCUGGUUAUACUGUUUCUUGGUUCUCUGUGCUUCGUUACAAACGGUGGAAUGUACAUUCUACAAGUGUUCGAUUGGUACGCCGCUUCGAUUUCCGUUAUUUCAAUCUGUCUGGUGGAAGCGAUCGUGAUUGGCUGGACUUACGGUUCUGAUAAUUUUGUACGUGACGUGGAAUUCAUGAUAAAUGAAAAGUUGCACUGUUGGUGGCCAUUAUGCUGGAAGUACGUUACGCCAAUAAUACUUUCGUUCAUCUUUGUCACCACUAUCGUUUUCAAUACGCGACUCACGUACAAUGGCAUUGAAUAUCCAGAAUGGGCCAUACUUUUGGGAUGGUGCUCCUGCUUGGUCAGUAUGCUGUGUAUUCCUGGAUAUGCUAUAGUACACUUAAUCACAACUAAGGGAACUUUAAAGGAAAGAUUGGUCAUCGGUAUGAAUCCAACAUCAGAGUGGGGUCCACAGAAAAAGGAGGAUAGGGAGGCAUGGGAGAAAUGCAUAAAGAAUUCAUCAAGUCAUUUUAAUAAUUCCACAAUGAAUGGUAUCAAAGUGACAAAGGUCUGAAGUGUGGAUUCUAUAUACAUAUAUAGUUGAUCGGAAAAAAAAAAAAAUAUGUAUAAGAUAUACGUACACCUCGUGACAUUUUUGAAGCAAAUAAGAAAUAAGGGAACAAAAAUAUAUUUUUUUUUUUUUUAGAAAAUAAGUUAACGAUUGUACAUAGAUUUUGAAAAUUUCGUAUCUCUAUAUGCUUUGUUCCAAAGGCGUAUUGUGUUCUGUAAUACUAUACUACACUUCGUGCAAGCGUUUUUACGUGCUCCGGAGCACCGAAGGCGUGUUCGAAAAUGAGCUGAGAGCGCAGAGUGCAUCGUUGCUUCUCUGUCUAUUGCAUGCAUUUGACAGGGACACAACAUGCUCUCAGCGGUACCGGCUCAUUUUCGAAGACGCCUACAAUGCUUCGGAUAGUGUAAAAAACGCUAGCACGCACGGACCUUAUGAGGGAUGCAAAAUAAAAGAAAAAAUGCUAAAGGAA